UCGAAUAAUGCGAAAGACCAGCAAAAUCAACCAUGGCGGUGCAGUCGGUCGGCCAUUUACUGUGUCAAAUCCCUUGAUAUAAAAUAACAGGGGAAAAAUCCCUCUAAAUAGCUGCACAAAAAAGAGUCUCGCCGUUUUUUUGGCACUUUUUAGAACGUUAUCUAGUUCGUCAACGCGAAGAAAGUCCAUUCAAAGUUAGAGACCGAAAACUGAAAGGUAGUGCUUGUUCAUUUUCCAUCCGCCUGGAUCAUUCAGGAAGCAUAGUUUUGACUCUUUGCUUUUGUAUCGAAAUACAAGUGAGGCCAUUAUUUUCGUCGACAUGCCAAGUUCAGGAAGAAGUUCACGGACACCCAGUGUCGAUCCUGAGUCGAUCAGUAUGGAAAUUAGACCUUCAUCUGUGAUGAAGAAAGAAAGAUCUUUUUCUCAGGUUGACACUCGUCUCAAGAAAGGCUUCAUCCCCUUGUUCUUCGAGCGCGCCUCUUCAAAGUGGUGGAAUCCAAGAUUUGACUCUCACAUAUUGGAAAAAGAGUUCCAAAGAUUCACUUUUAAGAAUAACAGGCGUCGUUUAAUUCGAGCUUUGAUGUACGUACUUGUUGCUGCGGUAACAUGGGCGAUCUUUUUUGUAAUCACCCGCAAAGUCUACACAGACUGGUGGAAAAUCCUAGUUGGUUGUUUAGUUUUCGCCUUAGUUAUCGUGGCUAUUAUGUUCUAUACCGAAUUCAGUGAGUCAUAUGUAAGAUACGCUGCACAUGUAUCUCUUUUUGCGGCUAUUUGUUUACUUGCUGCAUCGCUGGCCACACUAAGCUUCAGUACGGAGUUUUCCAACACUGCUCGAUUCUGUGUGUGUACGUGCUUCAUCAUGGUCAUUUACACGAUGCUCCACACAUUAAGGCUGUAUAUCUGCAUUUUCAUCACCACAGUUUUCUCGGUUGCUCACGAAGUUCUCAACGAAGUUCUUUCCAACGACGAGCAUCGGCUGAAAGGUUUAAGUCACGAAAUCGUUAGCAUCAUUCUUCUGCACGCCUGUAUUCAUUUGGUUGGAAUCUCGAUUUUCUUUAUGGCUCAGGUGAGAGAACGCAGCACGUUUUGGAAAGUUGGCCAGAGUGUUGUAGCUCGCCGCGAUCUUGAGAUCGAAAAACAAGUAAAGGAGCGAAUGGUGCGCUCAGUCAUGCCAGAAAAAGUGGCCGACUCGCUCCUCAGUGUCGACGACGAGGACGAAAAUAUGAAUAUGAACAUGAACAAAAACAAUAAGGACUCUGGAAAUGGGAAACGAAAAAACAGGAAAGCGAAAUUUGCAUUCCGUCCGUUUCAAAUGCAUCGUAUGGAGAAUGUUAGUAUUCUUUUUGCCGACAUUGUGGGCUUUACAAAAAUGUCUUCAAACAAGUCUGCUGAUCAGUUAGUUCGGCUAUUAAAUGACUUGUUUGGCAGGUUCGAUCGAUUAACUGAGAUUAAUAACUGUGAAAAGAUAAGCACCUUAGGGGAUUGCUAUUAUUGUGUAGCAGGCUGUCCAAAAGAAACCAAGAAUCAUGCAAUCAACUGCGUGGAGAUGGGACUGGCAAUGUUGGAGCAAAUUAAAGAGUUUGAUAAUGAUACAAAUAAUGACGUAGACAUGAGAGUGGGGGUCCACACAGGUACUGUCUUGUGUGGAAUAGUUGGCACAAAGCGUUUCAAGUUUGAUGUAUGGUCGAAUGAUGUCACCUUAGCUAACCGUAUGGAAACUGCAGGCCUUCCAGGCAAGGUACACAUCACAGCAGAUACCCUAAGUUUCUUGAAUGAUCUGUACGUGGUCGAAGAUGGACAUGGUGAAGAUAGAUAUCCUGGGCUGAAAGGUAUAUCUACGUAUUUCAUAAAAGGACGGAAGAAUGGAGUACAGAAACCAGUAGAGCACCUUAACUCACAGUCAAGUAAACCAUCACCCAGUAUUUGUACAAAUAAAAGUACAAAUAACAGUGCAAAUAACAGUGCAAAUAACAGUACAAAUAACAGUAUAAAUGUGACUUCAAGUCCAAGGCCUAAAAAACAUGUCAAAAUAUCUGAUGAUGUCUCAACUUCUGAACGUGCCUUCAGCUCUGAUUCCAAUCUCUCCAACCAGGAAGAAUCGGUAUUUGAGAAUGGGCCACGCAAGGGGAAUCUUAAGACCCGUGUUGAUAAGACCGAGCUAGAAUAUUUGAGUUCAGACCCUGGUGGGAAGGUCGAUGAAGAAAAAGAAAUCCGCCACAAGAUGGUCGGAAAAGUUUUAGAACGUGGAGCAUCUCAACAGCAAAUCCUUGGACUGUCUUUUCCUGAAGCUUUUACCAGAGAAACACUGAGAACCUCCAAUGAUCAGCAGCUUGUUAGCCUAAUGAGUGAGCAAAGAUUAGGCAAUAAGCAUGAGUACUUCCAUGCUCCAGUUACAAAGUGCACACUGCAGUUUACUAACAAGACCCUGGAAAAACAGUAUCAGAAUGAAGGACAAGAUUCAACACUUUUGAAUCCAUCAGUCACUACUUUUGCUUCUCCAAAAGUCAAUUUCUUCACCGAUGUCCUCCUUUCGAAUAUAGUUUACUUGAUAAUAAGCCUUUUGUGCUUUUUACUAUUUUCACCAAUCCCACUGAGCAAGAAGAUUUUGACGCCGUUGGCUUUGAUAGUUGAAGUUACACUCUUCCUUCUGAACUUUGCCAGAGCAUUUCCUCGGAGAUUUCCUGAAUGGUUCCAUCCGUUAGUAAUGUACACAUCUGGCUGGUGUACGAGUCAUCUAGUAGGAGCCCUCUUAAUGUGUUUGCCGAUAGCCACUGUAUUUUCAAAUUUUAUGGACUGUGAUAAACUUAUUGACAAUAACACGAGGUAUUACUUCACAUAUAUUGUUGCUGUUGCUUUACUUCAUUUUUGUAACUUCACUCAGCUGACGUCAUGGAUGAAAACUGGCUUAGCUGGAGUUUUUUCUGCAACUUACAUUAUUCUUUUACAAUUUGACAAUUUUUGUGCAUUCAAGCCAGUUAAUUCUAGUAAUAGUACUAUGAUUGAUGUUACUAUGAAGGGGCGUCAAAUGGCAAACGAAGUGACAGUAGCAGUUAUUCUUUUAUGGGUGUUGGUAGCACUUCUGAAUCGUCAGCUAGAGAUAGGUGUACGAAGGAAUUUUAGUGGGGAUGCUGAAGCGGCAAAAGACAAAAAGAAAUCCCAAAUCCACAAGCAACAAGUAGAUUGGCUUCUUUUCAGUCUUUUCCCAAAGCAUGUCACUGAAGCUUUGAAAGUUUCUGACCAUUAUUCCAGAAAUUAUGAUGAAAUUGGAGUGAUGUUUGCUUCUAUUGUGAAUUUUGCGGACUUUUAUGAAGAGAACUUUGAAGGUGGAAAGGAGUGUAUUAGAGUUCUGAAUGAACUGGUAGGGGACUUUGAUGAACUUUUAGACAGUAUUGAAUUUCAUGAGGUAGAGAAAAUCAAAACUGUAAAUGGGUCCACAUUCAUGGCUGGUUCUGGACUGAAUUCAGAAGCCUGCUUGUGUAGAGAGAAAAAUCCACAUGAGCACCUGAAACAGCUUGUUGAAUUUGGGUUAGAGAUGAUGAAUGUAGUUCACAGAUUCAAUGAACAUAUGCUGGGAUUCCAGUUUGUACUUCGUAUUGGCUACAACACGGGACCAGUAACUGCAGGAGUAAUCGGAACAACCAAGCUUCUAUACGAUAUCUGGGGGGACACUGUGAACCUAGCCAGUCGCAUGGACACGACUGGAGUGCCAUUUAAGAUCCAGGUCAGUGAGGCCACCAAGGACAAAUUGAGUGAGUUCUUCACAUUCUCAUUUCGUGGAACAAUUCCAGUCAAGGGGAAAGGAUUUGUCACGACAUACUUGCUGGAAGGAAGAAGAGAGGAUAUAAAGGCCCCUACUUGUGAUUUGCAUCAGCAAGAUUCAGAUGGGAAAAGGAUUUAGGGGAGGUUACCUAUCAGCACGGGUACUUUUCUAGUUUGAAUGAAAGGCACACUAGAUAAGUAGUUCUACAAUACAUUAUAUGACUGUGUGGUAGUGUAAUUUGCAAGGAUAGUGAUUUCCAAGUGCCCCUGGUCAAAGUCCUUGCAUUGCACUUAAACUUAAUGUACAAAAUGAAGGUAAAACGUGUUGUUAGUAUACUUACAGAACUUGUUUCAGGAAUUAAGAAACAAUAGGAAAAAGUUUUUAAUUUAUUCUACACAGUAAAGAUUCAACUGAGA